AUGUCUGACUUUGUUUCUGCUAUCCAGGCUAUCGCUCAUCCCACCGACUGGAAUGCCAAAGAGAUGAACACCAUUAUGCCCCAAUCCUGGAAUGACGGACAUUCAAGAGGACAAACCAGAUUUGUCCUUAUCACACCUUCUGAUGGUUAUGAGCGUUCAAUCAAGAUUGAUGUUGGUCUAAAUCACUACAAUGUUACUUGCGGUGGAAAGUCUGGUACCAACCGUCUAUUGCAAAAGGGAGGUUCAGUCCACUGGAGCCAAGUGAUAGUUGACAACAGUACAGGCCCCGAUGUAGUCCUUACUUUUAGUAGAGACGGUGUAAUUGGUAUUCCUCCGGUUCCCUACUCCCAAAAGAUUGGAACCAUCAAUGCCAAGGCGUUGGGUAUUGCCGGAAAGACUAUCUUUGUCUUUUGGCCUAACCUUGGAACACCAGACUACUUCAACAAUCCAGACCACAGACUUACUCCAUACUCUAUGGGCUUCAAGACUUUAUAA